CUUCAAUUGUUAACGCCUCGAGAAGCCCAAAAAAUAACAACUAACUGACGAGGCCAUCCGCUUCAGAGUAGUGGCUUCGCAAUUUCCGUCGAAGCCAUUAUUACUGCAUAAUAAUAAUAUCUUCACUUCAACUCUUCUCUCUGUUCAGUGAAUGGCGUCUAUAUCGCCGUCUGGAAUAUGUCUCCACCGUGAGCUGCCUUGCUUGCUCUUAUCUCUGCCCGCCCCCACAUUUGCUGCUGCUUCCCCUAAACUUUACCUUCCUUUACGCCUUUCUAACUCUCGCCUUGCUUCAGCCAAUACUUUCACGGCCAAUUCUCUACCGCCGAUAAAUGGUGUGUAUACAGUAGGUGAUUUCAUGACUAAAAAAGAGGAGUUACAUGUGGUAAAGCCCACAACAUCAGUAGAUGAAGCUUUGGAAGCUCUAGUGGAACACAGAAUCACUGGUUUCCCUGUGAUUGAUGAUAACUGGAAAUUGGUUGGUCUUGUUUCUGACUAUGAUCUAUUAGCGCUAGACUCUGUAUCAGGUACAGGAGCUGCUGAUGCAGGCAUGUUCCCUGAAGUAGACAGCAACUGGAAAACAUUCAAUGAGGUUCAAAAGUUGCUUGGUAAGACCAAAGGGAAAGUGGUUGGUGAUCUGAUGACACCUGCUCCUUUAGUAGUUCGUGAAUCUACCAAUCUUGAGGAUGCAGCGAGACUUUUACUCAAAACAAAAUAUCGUCGGCUUCCUGUGGUAGAUGGUAAUGGCAAGCUGGUGGGAAUAAUAACAAGGGGAAACGUUGUAAGGGCCGCCCUUCAAAUAAAGCGGGCUACCGAAAUGGAAGAUUGACAUGUACCAAUAAGUUAACUGUAAAAACAUGUACCGCAGUUUGUCCCUUCUUUAAAGGAUCUGGUGGUCAAGGCACUCAAACUUAUAUAAGCUGCAGCUCUCAACCAUACUGCAUCAGACUAGGAUAUCUAUGUAAAUUACAAACUUGUAGGAGAUUAGUGAGAGUUCAUCAGCGUGAAAACCAUUGCAGAGUUCAUUCUGAUAUAUGACACUGUUCAGAGGCUACGUGCAAAAGCAAAGUGUUUUGAGUCAAUACUCUUCAGAGUUUUGAAACACAGAAGAAAACCAGAUAUUUACUGCAAGUGGGAAACAUUUUAGGUUGGACCUUAAACAGUAGGCAGCUUUGUUGACUAUGGAACUUUGCUCGUUGAUUGAAUGGACUUCUAGGGAUUUUGAUAUCAAUGAUUUUUCUUGUCAUGUUCUAAUUGUUAGUUUAUUUUUGUGUGGAACCCAGCUCUAGAUGGGCUGCAUUUCUGUCUUUGGUUGUUGAACUACAAAUCGACUGACUAAAUGCUGUAAUUGUGCUGAGGUGGUUGGGUAACCCUAUGUAGGAAAAAAACAUAAAAGAACAGCCCCAUAUAAGAAUUUCAA